AUGGCCAAUAAUAAUUACCAAUGGCCAAGUGAACGACCAGGUAGUAAUAAAAAUGUUGCAGGGGUUCAUGAGCUAGAUGCAAUCACAACCUUAACUGCUCAAGUUGCGUCUCUAACUAAGCAGCUGCAACAAAAUACCAUGUCUGCCCAGGUUGUGCAAGCCCAAUGUCAAGCUAUCACUUUGAGGAGCGGGAAAGAAAUUGAGGAUCCUUCUCUAAAGGAGACUCAACAAAAGAAGGCAAAAGAAGAGGGGAGCUAUGAAAAAGUUGAGCCCCAAGUGGAGGAAAAGGUUAUUGAAGGCCUUGCAACCAAAGAGAAGUUUCAACUGGAAGUUGUUGAUUCUAAUGUCAAAAUCCCGUAUCCACAACGACUCCGGAAGACUUCUCUUGACAAACAAUUCUCCAAGUUUCUUGAGAAGAAACUACCUCCCAAGCUUAAAGAUCUGGGUAGUUUCGCGAUUCCUUGCUCAGUAGAAGAUACUAUUACUACCAAGGCCUUAUGUGAUUUAGGGGCUAGUAUAAAUUUAAUGCUCUUAUCUAUUUUUCGGAAGCUGAAAUUAGGAGAAGCUCGCCCCACUACUGUGUCCUUACAAAUGGUAGACCGCUCUGUUAAGCAACCUCGUGGAGUAAUUGAAGAUGUCUUAGUUAAGGUUGGUAAAUUUAUCUUCCCCACUGAUUUUAUUAUUCUAGAUAUGGAGGAAGAUGCUAACAUUCCCAUUAUUUUGGGAAGAACAUUCUUAGCCAUAGGGACAGCACUAAUUGAUGUACAAAAGGGGGAGUUGAAGCUGCGAGUGCAAAACGAAGAGGUAAAAUUUAAUGUUUUUGCAGCAACUGAUAUUCCAACUUGUUGUAGAGUGGAUGUGGUAUGUAGUGGUGGUAGUAAUUUGGAAACCACCAAGAGAAAAACCAAUGCUAAAAUUGGUAGUCGAGCAUUUCAUCAUUGUUUGAAACGGUACUAUAGUGGGAAGGCUCGAAGGCUACACGAGAAGUGGAAGGCUCCAACAAUUAGCAACAUCAAAAGAUGA